AGCGCUGACAGAAUCUGGAGCACAACAGAAGAUUUCACAAUGCUUGCCGACAGACAUCGUUGACACACAAGGGUAGACUACGUGUACAUGUUCAUAGUCUGCUCACUUGAAAGCCUAAUUCAUUUACUUAUUCAGCGCACAACUAGUGUAUGCAGUCUACGUUCAGAUGGCAUCACCAUUCCGGUCCCUGGUAGAGGAUGAGACCAGAUACAACACGUCAUUCCAGUUGUUUCUGGAGCGCUCCUCUGAACACCAAUGCAUGCAAGAUUUCAUCCAUGGGGUUUUGCCUGACAUAUUUGCCAAAGUUGGAAAGGACAAAAGCAGUCUGAACGUCCUUGGUGUGGGCAGUGGGGCAGGUCAGAUAGAUCUGCAGAUGUUCUCACAGAUGCGUCAGAAGCUUCCAGAGAUCACAGUGAACAAUGAGGUGGUGGAACCCAGUGGAGACAUGCUCUUCAAGUACAAGGUGUUGGUGUCGAAAACACCUAACCUCGACUACAUAACCUUCAACUGGAAUAAGAUGACUGCCUCCGAAUUCGAGACCCACUGGAAAGAGCAAAAGCUGGAGAAGAAGUUUGACUUCAUCCACAUGAUCCAGAUGCUGUACUAUGUCAAAGAUCCCAGUGCCACAGUGCGCUUCUUCAAGAGCCUGCUGAGGGACACUGGAAAGCUGGUCAUCAUUCUUGUGUCAGGCCAAAGUGGAUGGGGGAGGUUGUGGAGGACAUACAGAGCGCAGCUCUGCAACACGGAGAUCAGUCAGUGCGUCACCACGGGGGACAUCCGAGACUUCCUGGACGGCCAGGCCAUGGCCUACAAGAGCUACGUGCUGCCGUCCCAGAUGGACAUCACAGAGUGCUUCACGCAGGGUGACGAGAAGGGCGAGCUGCUGCUGGACUUCCUGACCGAGGUCAUCGAGUUCAGCAAGAAUGCCUCUCCCGAGCUGAAAGAGGGCGUCAUGGCGUUGCUCCGCCACCCUGACUGCAGCUCCGAGCAGGACGGGAAAGUCAUAUUCAACAACAACCUGGAGGUGCUAGUUCUAGACCCUUAGGGUGGUGUUAAUUUAUCCGAGUGGUUCUUAACCUUUUGUUCUUAAAGCACCCGCUUACCUGUGCCCAAGACAAGCCACGCACCCCCAACCCAAACUUCUACACGUGUAUACAUACUAAAAAAUUAUGUAAGUGAUUAAUUACGAUGAUUCUUCCUUGAGACAUUAAUCAAUACUCUAAUCAAAUAAAGUGGGGACCAAAACAUGCUUUAAUUUGGAGUUUGAUUUGAACAAAUUAGGAUGUUCCCGAGCAGAAUUUCAGGCACAACCUCAACGCAAAUAAAAUUCUGUGCACCCCCUAUCUCUGGCACACCCCCAGGAGGUUAAGAACCACAGAUCUAUCCUACCAUCCUCACUGCAUUACUCACUUUGUAAAUGACCUGGGUCUGUCAUUGAAGUUUAAGUAUGAAGUGCAUUUUUUAUAUUGUCUAAGUAAUUGAUACUUGUUCUCACGUGAUGAUACAGUACUUGAUUGAUAAUUGAUAUGAGAAUCUCAACUGCAUAGUUUCUGGUGGUCUUCUUACUUUAAAUGUAAAGGUCAUGCAAUCAACCUUACACAAAUGCACAGUCAUGAUUAUACUUCAAAAACAUGUUGUUAACAGGAGUAUAGUGGUUAAAUAUUACCUGGCAUCAACUGAUAAACCCAAUAUGGAGGUAGAGUUUAAUGAUUAUUAGCUGCGUAUUGCCUUGGUGAAGCACAUAUGCUCAUAUCAAGAUCAGUUUGUUAACAGUUAAUUGUUCCAUUUUUAGUCGUUAUCUCAACAAUUUGCCACAUGCUUAUAUAUUACGUAGGUCACCAUUUCCAAAUGACUGUCGCAGGUCAGACCCGAAGGUGCCUUUUUUAGUGUAACUAUGUGUAUCAAAUCAACAUGUAAUAUUGUGUGCUUACACUGUAUAUGCCUAAACUUAAACCUAACCCUGAGGAACAGAGUGUGCACAUCAUGUUACAUGAUGUUGUUACACUGUACCUAAUCAAUGUAACAAGGUCCGUAAAUACAGUGAAGUGAAUUCAAUUCACUUUCCAUUUACUGAAGUGUAGUUUCACCAAAUUAUGGUCUCAAAACACGGUAUGCGCAAGAAUAGGUGAGGCACAGGCCUGCCGUGGCCUUUAAAGGUGGGGCACUGGCUUACUACACCGGCGACCCGGGUUCAGAUCUGGCCCGGGUCAAUUGCCAGACCUUCCCCGUCUCUAUCUCCCCACUCGUUUCCUGUCGCACUGUCACUGUCCUGUCUCAAAUAAAGCACAAACCCCCCACCCCAACAAAUCUUUAAAGGGACACUGUGCAGGAAAUGGUCAAAAAAGGUACUGCAACUAUGCUGCUCAUUGAAACUGGGCUGCCUAUUUCCAAAUUUGAUCUUUACAUGAAAGUUUACUAAGUAAUAAACAAAUAUUUUCUAGUCUGGACCAAUUACAUUCAUUUUUGCAGCUAAAAUGGCUAUUUUAGGAAAUUCAAAAUGGCGGACCAUGGAGAAGAUCCCCCUUUUCAUGUAUGAAAAGCGCAAUUUUUUCAGUCAUAAUGAAUACUUUGAAUUUUAUGGCAGUGGUAAGUAUUCAUGAAAAAGGUAACACUAGUGAGUGGGCAGCAUGAAUUCUGGAAAUAAACAA